AUGGCCGUGGAUGCGCAUGGUAUGCCGGUCAGAAUUAUUGUUACAGAAGGUUCCAGAAACGAUUGUACUCAAGCUUGUGAGUUAACACAAAAUAUAGAUGCACAGCAUAUUAUAGCGGAUAAAGCUUACGAUACAAAUAUCAUCGUAGAAUCUGCCCAGAGAGCACACAUAAUACCUGUAAUACCAUCAAAAAGAAACAGAAAAAUUCAAAGAGAGAUAGAUAAAGAUUUAUAUAAACUAAGGCAUAUUAUUGAAAAUACAUUUCAAACAUUUAAAGAAUGGCGGGGUACAGCAGCAAGAUAUUCUAAAAAUACAAAAUCAUUCAUGGCAGGACUUUGUCUAAGAGGAUUAUUAAUGUGGGCUAAAAUCUCAUGA